AUGAAGGUCCAUCCAAGCCAAGAACGGGGACUCACCGGAACAAGAGAGGAGCCCGGACACAAGACAGAAGACUGCAUCACCCUCAGGCAAGAGGUUGUGAACAUGUUGCAGCAAGGACACCUCAAAGAGAUGCUGAGCAACAAGGGGAAAAACAACUUCUCUAGAGGACGUGAACGCCAAGUUUCGCCAAAGCCACCAUCACCAGCUCGUACUAUCAACAUGAUCAUUGGCGGCAGCGAUGACGCCUCCAUCAAUAGUGUUAAAUUCACUACCACUCACAAGCUCAAAAUAUCUAUCACCCAUGAAGGGUAUGACAGAUUCGAAGAAAUUAUCAUCUUCGACGAGUCAGAUGUCGACAGUUUGACUUUCUCUCACAAUGAUGCUCUUGUCAUUACUUUGCGCAUAUUAGAUACUGAUGUCAAACGUAUCAUGGUGGAUGAUAGGAGUGGAGGGUGCAUUAUCCAUCCCCGAGUCCUCACCCGGAUAAGAGUUGAGGACAAGAUAAUGCCAUGCUGCAUCACACUAAUUGGUUUUAAUAAUGCAGUUGAAUGGACAUCGGGAGAAAUUAUACUCUCCAUAUUGGUCGGAGGUAUAAUACUGGAGACGGCAUUUUACAUCAUGGACCAGGCCACCACAUACAAUGCCAUAGUAGACGACCAUAGAUACAUCCCAUGA